AUGGAUGAGUGCAAGGCUGUGGCAAGUCCGGUGGACGUCAGCUCUCGACUGGUUCCGAGCAACUCUGCAAGCAAGGUGGAUGUCCCAUUCCGUGAAGCAGUGGGUGCUUUGAUGCAUCUGACGACUGCAACGCGACCGGACAUCGCCUAUGCUGUAAGCUUUGUGUCACGGUUCAUGGAGAAACCCCAAGAAGAACACUGGGUUGCAGUCAAGCGCAUCUUCCGCUACCUACAAGGCACCAAGAUGCAUGGAAUCUGCUACAAGCCAAGUGCGAAGAUCGACUUUCGUGGCUAUUCAGAUGCAGACUGGGCCGGUGACCUUGCUGAUCGCAAAUCGACGUCCGGCUACGUCUUCAUGCUAUUGGGUGCUCCGGUGAGUUGGGGCAGCAAGAAACAGCCAAGUGUGUCACUGUCUACAAGCGAAGCGGAGUACAUCGCGCUCAGCCUGGCGAUCCAAGAAGGCAAGUGGAUCAAUCGCUUGCUGUGCGAGAUCAUGGCGGCUGCAAACGAAGAAGGACCCGAGCUCGUCAUCCGUGAAGACAACCAGUCGUGCAUCAAGAUGACGAAGAAUCCGGUCAACCACGGCCGCGCUAAACACAUCGACAUCAAGUACCAUCACAUCCGUGAUGAAGUCAAGCGCGGCGAAGUGAAGCUUGAAUACUGCGAGACGACGUUGAUGUUGGCGGACAUCAUGACGAAGGGACUUCACGGACCGCGUCACAAGGACUUGACGGCGGCGCUUGGCAUCCGUGCGUGUUCGGAUUGA